UUGUUUGACAUAUGAAGCAUUUCUUACCGAAUAGACACACACAGCAACGUUUUAUAUCUUGUCACGUAUCACCGUGCUCCGUUUAACUUGGGUAUUGUUCGAUGAUAGGGAUGUAAAUCGCGCCUUAUCUGCCGUUGUUAGCUAACUAGCUCGCACCUAAAUGUAGACAGCCUCGUAGUACAGUCACCAGUGACGCUAGCUAACGUUACGUCAUAGCGGUAAGAUACCAGCUAAUAUCGGGAGAAACGGCGCUGCUCUGAGAAGAGGGAUGCUGCAGGAAGAGGAGAACAGAGACGGAGGACCAAUGAACAAUGGGGAGACCGAGGCCGAGCGCAGAUGGGAGACGGGGAGAGUGAUGAGAAACACCAGCAGCGUGGGAAAGAAACGGCGCCCAAGGGGACCUGCCAGACCAUGUGCCCCGCUCGAGAGCUGCGGGACCGUCAGCUGCAGAACCUCCUUCACCACUUUGAGGUGUUGGCAGGCACAGAAAGAGUUCGAAAGCCCAGAGGGGACCCCCUCCGUGCCGUCAAAGAGUAUUCCAGACCGGCAGCCGGGAAAGACUCGACAAACCCCGCUGACCUUCGUCCACCUGCAGUGUUACUGAAAACUGUGUGUUAUCUCAUCGAUGACAUCGCUGCCUCCUCGCAUCUGCAGCCUUGGACAGAGGUGUACAGCUUUGUCUUUGACCGUCUGCGCAGCGUGAAACAGGACAUGAUCAUCCAGAGGGUGUCCGGUUUGAACUGUGUGGCCAUUCUAGAGCGGUCAGUGCGUUUCCUCACCUACGCCUCUUAUCGUCUUUGUGGCGAGCCCCUGCGGCGCUACGACCCACGCAUUAACGACACGCACCUACAGGAGAAUCUGAGCUGGCUGUUGGAUUGUUACGCGACUGGAACAGGACCGCAUCCCAACCAGGAAGAGAUGCAAGCUCUUGGUCUGCUGUACAACUUGGGUUCAGCCCGUGCCGCGCAGCACAUCAUGGAGCUCCCCGAGCGGCUCCGCAGCUCUCCCGCCGUCACACUCGCUCUUUCCAUCAACCGAGCCUUUCUGGAGCGAAACCCCGUCCGGGUGCUCCGAUUGGCCCGGAGGUUGAACUUCCUCCAGAGCUGCGCUCUGCACCGCCACUUGGCGACGUGCGCUCGCGACCUGCUGCUGAUAUACAGCCACGGGUACAGCAGCCGCAACUGCCGCUUCCCUCUUGACCGACUGGCUCAGCUCUUGUCUUUAGACACGGCGCCCGCGGCCCGGUUGUGUCAGGCGUACGGAGUGGUGGUUCACCACGGCGACCAAUUGGUUUUCUCCAAAGCUGCUUUCACGGAGCCUGAACCGGGGAAACUGCACUGCAAACUGUUUCACAGCGUCGUGGCAGAAGAACAGAGAGACUUCAGUGUUGGGAACAUCAUCCACGACUGCGCUUAAGACAAAUAUAUAAAAGUAACGUUAUGCGUGUUUGUUAUUUCUAAGAAAUGGUCUCUUUGCUCCUCUCGCUCCACGAAGUGAUGAGUGCCACUGGCAGGGAUUUAAAAUCUGGUCAAGAUACAACAUCAGUGUUUUCAUCUUUGUACUCUUGUUAUUAUACAUGUUCAACACUCAUAGCUUUUGUUGAGCUCAUGGCCGAGCUCCACCUGAGAGAAGAUGAACUCGGGAAGAGUUCCGUCUCGGGUCCCGAGAUGCAUUUUCAUCCGAUCCUGCACUUAAAGAUGUGAAUUACUUUUAUACUGUUACUCUUUUCUCAUUUGUUAUUCAAUAUUAUGUUAAUGUGAUGGUAUGUUUUUAUUAAGCAGUCCAGAAAACUACUGUGCAACAUGGUUAAUAUGUUUUCCUCAUCAAUAAAGUACCUCAGAAGCAUUUAAAUAAACAUGUGUUACCUGA